AUAUCCCAGGAUUUGAGACAUUUUUACUGGGUUUUCCUCUAUUUUGCGAGGAACACCCAUGGUUUCCCCUUGAUUUUUCCCUGAAUAUCACUCCGCUGAUUCACUGAUCGCAUGGAUUUUUUGGGUCUCUGCCGUGCGCAAAAUGCCGUGGACGCGACGCGUGGCCUCGAGGGUGGAGCCGACGGAGCGAGUCCCAUCUACCGCGUCUCGUUGCCGGAGUUUGCUGAAGCAGGAGUGGCCAUGGUGCCAGGUGUGGAUGGCCUAGUGGUGGUGAGCCUCGACGAAUCCGUGCAGAGGUGGAACUUGGAGCACCCGGAGCUGGCCAUUCGUCGCGGCCAUGUGGUUCUGGAAAUCAACGACAAGACGACACUGGAAGAGAUGCACCAGGAACUGAGGCGUGGCUCCCUACCGCGGGAGCUACUGCUGAGCCGCGAAGAUGGUGGGGAUCUGCCACCCCAGCAGCGGUGGAUCUUCGAAAAAACGCUGCAGCAUCACACGGCCGACGCCUGGAUGCAGAGGGUGGAAGCCUUGGACAAGGUGGAAGGUUGUUCCAUCUGCUUGGAGGACAUGGCUGUGGCUUCGGAGGCCGUGAGGCUGCCAUGUGGCCACUGCUAUCAUCCCAGAUGUCUUAAGAAUUGGUUCGUGAGAAAGCUGCGAUGCCCCUUGUGCAAUGUUGCAGUGGAAUGA